AUGUCUGAUGUAGCCAUUACUAAUCAACUUCCACCACGUACGUCUUCCAGUACGCGUUGGCCAAGAAAAUGGUCAACGUUAGGUGGACGUAGUACGUCAACCUCGACAACGGUUAUCCCAACUAAUGAUACUGAUGUGGCAAAUGAGACUCCGUCAAAAACCAAUGGUCAUCAUCGUCAUUCAACAUCUUUGCUUAGAAAAGCAUCGACCAUAAGUCGAUCGAAUGGUACUCCGGCAGCAGCGGAUGAAGUGUCUUCUCCCUCUUUGAAAAAAUCUCGUUCGUUAAUGAAUGUCUUACGUUCGAAAUUGAAUUCUCCAGCUGUAAUUCGUCGUUUUCGUUCGAAAUCACGUGAAAAUCACAAACAAACGGUGAUCGAAGUUAACGGCCAUUCGACAAAUGAACGAUCACCAUCACCGCCAGCACAACAAGUCAAGCAAACGAAUGAUGAAGAAGUAAUAACAACAACAAGAAAAUCAAGAAAACGUGAUCCAUCGCCGAUGAGACGUCUUGCCAAUCGUAUUUCACAAUUAACGCGGCAUCAAAGUACAACAGCAUACGAACGACAAAAAAAAUCUCCGACAAAAUCAGCGACUAAUGAUGCCAUAUCCAAAACACCAUCGCCUACUCAUAAUAAAGACAAAGUUGAUCAUAUCAAUGCAUGUUAUGAUGAAAUUCGUGCGAAAUAUUUCAAUAAAAACAAUUCAACUCAACGAAAUUCAGCGGAAAUUGAUCAUCAGAAUCGUUCAUUACUUAGUAAUGAUACUUCCACAGAUUCACCACGCGUACCUUCGCCGAUCUUACCAGACGAUCCGUUAUUACAAGCACGCAAACAAGCAAAUUUAAAGCUGAAUUGUUUGUUGAGUGGAUAUACUUUAACUACACCGUUUUCGGAUCAUGAGAAAUCAUUUGGUCGAAACGAUUUAUUCAAGUUUAAUCAUUAUUAUGAUGUUGGAAAACGAAAAUAUGAUUGGAAUUCUACUAAUGCAAAUAAUCAGCUCUUUUCGAGUUUGAGAGCAAGACCAAUUAGCAAGAGCAUUGAUAGUUUUAGACCUCUGAAUGCGAAAGAAGAUGAAGUACCAAUCACAUUGGAAAAAAUGAAUUUCGUUGACAAUGAUCGAUUAGUUCGGACAGAAAAUCAUCAAGAAGACGUUCCAAAGGUAUUAGCUGCUAACAAUGCAGUUAUCGGCCAGCAAGACCAUGUUCUCAAUAAAUCAGAAGCAAAUUCAUCAAAUAGUUAUGUGACACAAGCUGUUCCUGUAGAUAAUAACACAUUUGUUACAUCGAUACCAACAAAUUCAAUUGACUCGAACGAAAAUAAUACAACUGUAACAGAUCGGGAUGAAGAAUUUGAACAGAAUUUUCUUCGCGCAGUUGAUCGAGCAUUGGGGGUUGUCAAUAAAGAGGAGAAACAUUUUACACAACCUGUGACUGAUGAACCCAUAGUUGAAAAUCAACCAGCACUUGAUCUUGUGGAAAUGACUGAACGAGCACUUUCAUCCAUCAAUAAUUUACCGGAUAUUUUGAGCAACGGUUCAAAUACGAAAGAACAAGAAUCUAAUGCUAACAAUGCAGCACCAAUUAGCUCGGAAAUCAUCGAUCGUCAAGAAGAAGUGCUAAAUAAUGAACAAUCAUUAAAAUCUUCGGAAGUGAAGAUGGAAGAACCCACCAGUAUCGAACAAUCACCAGUUAUAGCUGAAGAUAAACAUGAACAGCCUGUCAAUGUUGAACCGGCACUAAUUUUUACUGAAGAAAAACAUGAAGAACCAGUUAUUACCGAACAGCCACCAACUAAUAUUGACGAAAAGCACACUGAACCAAAUAUUAAUGAACAAUCGUCAACUAUUGUGAAGGAGGAGAAGCACGAUGAUACUAUCCUUGUUGAACAACCAAUGAUUGUUCCAGAAGAAAAGCACGAUGAACUGCCUAAAGUUGAUGAAGCACCAGUUUUCGCUGAAGACAAAUAUGCUGAACCAAAUAUUAAUGAGCAAUUGUUGGAUGUUGUCCCCGUAGAGCAAUCAUCGGUUAUUUCGGAAGAAAAGCACGAUGAGUUGCCUAACGCUGAUGAGGCACCAGUUUUCGCUGAAGACAAAUAUACUGAACCAAAUAUUAAUGAGCAAUUGUCGGCUGUUGUGGAGCACGAGAAACAUGAUGAUGCUGUCCCCGUAGAGCAAUCAUCGGUUGUUUCGGAAGAAAAACACGAUGAGUUGCCUAAAGCUGAUGCGACAUCAGUUUUCGCUGAAGACAAAUAUGAUGAACCAAGUAUUAAUGAACAACCGUUGACUGUUGUGGAAGACAAGUGCGAUAAUGCCAUUCCUGUUGAACCAACGCCAACUGUUCUCGAGGAAAAAAAUGAUGAACCAAGUACUUAUGAACAAUCGCUGGUUAUUGUAGAAGAAAAGCAUGAAGAAACGACUAUUGCUGAGCAACCAUCGGCUGAUAUCGACGAAAAGCAUGAAGAAUUAGCCGAAACAAAUGAAAUAUCGAUCUCUGCUGAAGAAAAGCAUAGUGAUGCCAUCGAUGCUGAACAGCCACCAAUUAUUAUUGAAGAUAAACAUGAGGAACCGAUUAUUGAUGGACAAUCGUCGACUAUUGUCGAAGAAAAGCACGAUAAUUAUAGCAAUGUUGAACACUCGUCGGUCAUCAUUGAAGAAAAACAUGAUGAACCAAUUACAACUGAUCAAGUAUCGAUUUCUACUGAAGAAAAACACAACGAAUCAACUAAUGUUGAACAACCUGCAAUCACUGAAGAAGAAAAGCACGAAGAAUCCAUCAAUGCUGAGCAAUCACCAAUCGUCAACGAGGAAAAAUAUGAUACUGAACAAUCUUCUGCCGUCAUUGAAGAAAAGCACGAUGAUUCUCUCCCUGUUGAACAACCAACAAUUGCUAUUGAAAAGGAUCAUGUCGAACCGAUAAAUAGCGAUGUGAACAAUGAAGAGAUCUCUUCACUAAUUGACGAUUUACUACAGAAAACCGAACAUUUAUUAGUCGAAGAAUGCAAGAAUGGCCAAACAUUUCUGGCUAAAUUGGAUGAUGAAGAAAACAUAAUCAAAUCCAGAGCAGAUUCUUACAAUAAUCUAGUCGGUCUAGAUGACAAUCGAUUGAGCGAAGAUGUUCGCACUGAUAUCAAUGCUGUUAUUGGCGAAGUCAAUUUAUUGUUACGGGGUAAACUAAAACAAUUUCGCGGCCUAUGUCAAGCGAAUGUGACAAAAUCAACUUCGGGAGAACCAAUACCACUCGAUAGUGAUUUAGAAGGUUUCUGGGAUAUAACAUAUCCGCUAAUCGAUAAAGUUAAAGAAAAAUUUGCUAAGCUUGAUAUGCGAAAAGCGAAACAAUGGGCUCCUGUUGAAGAAUACGAUCCAAAUGACAUUAACAAUCGACCACGCGUACUCGAUGAUCGCUUGAAACAACUUCAACCUCAACAGAAUAAAUCAUCGAAAAUUCCUGUAACAAAAUCGGCUAAUGAUGAUUUGAAAAAGCUUAUUCAAGAACGACGAAAAGCAGCUGCGAAUUCGGCAAAUCAAAAUCAUGAUGUGGAAAUAUUUGUUGCACCGAAAUAA